AUGGCUAAGGUGUUUACAAGCGGCGGCGUUGCCAUCAUCACUGGUGGUGCCUCGGGCAUCGGUCUUGCCCUGGCCAAAAAAUGCCACGGUUACGGGAUGCGAGUUCUUAUCGCGGACAAGAAUGAAACGUCUCUGGAAUCGGCACGCAAUGCCUUGAACGGGGAUAUUGCUGUCUUCAAGAUGGAUGUUGGUAGGCUUGAGGACUGGUCCGAACUGAAGGCCAGUGUGGAUCGCGACUUUGCUGGUCGAGUUAAUCUAUUGGCGCUGAAUGCAGGAAUGGGUGUCAGGGGGGCAUCGUGGGAUAAUACGGCUGCCUUCCAGAGUACCCUGCAAACCAAUUUUAUGGGCAUCGUGAAUGGCAUCUCGACAUUGUUGCCUUUGGUCAAGCAAAGUGCUGCAGCCGGCGACUACGCGUCCAUCGUCAUCACAGGAUCCAAGCAGGGCAUUACAAACCCUCCUGGGAAUCCAGCAUACAAUGCGUCAAAGGCCGCUGUUAAAGCGGUUGCCGAACAUCUUAGCUGGGACCUACGAGCGGAAGAACGCAUUUCAGUUCACCUUCUCAUCCCAGGCUGGACUUUUACAGGCAUGACCAACCGCGCCGGGCCAGACGCACCCAAGCCGGAUGGUGCAUGGUGGCCAGAGCAGGUGGUUGACUAUUUGGAAGAGAAGAUGAAGGAAGGCCAAUUCUGGGUAUUGUGCCCUGACAACGAGGUGACAGAAUCGUUGGAUAGGAGAAGAAUUUUGUGGACAGCUGGAGACAUCGUUAAGGGACGGCCUCCGCUGAGCCGCUGGAGAGAGGACUGGAAAGCCCGGGCGCAGGAGGGAAUUGACGGGAUGGGAGACCCUGCCCAGAAAUAA